ACGGAAGUCAUCUGAGUGUCCGGAGAAGACAGGGCAGUCCGAGCCCAGCGCCUCCUGCACUCGUCCUCUAAACUGGGUUCAACAAGUCCGAGUGUCAUGCCGGUCCCUGCAAUGGCUGAGCCUAUGGUUGAUCACCAAAAACGCUUUCAGGCUGCUGUGGACGUCAUCCAUAACCUCCCAAAAAAUGGAUCCUACCGGCCGUCCUACGAGGUGAUGCUGCGUUUCUACAGUCUGUACAAGCAGGCAGUGUGUGGACCCUGUACAGUGGCACGACCCGGCUUCUGGGACCCUGUGGGCCGCUACAAAUGGGACGCCUGGAGCAGCCUUGGAGAGAUGAGCAGUGAGAGCGCCAUGGCGGCUUACGUGGACGAGAUGAAGAAAGUAGCUCAGGAGGUCAUCGACACCAUGCCCAUGAAUGAGAAGACGGCGUCACUUUUCCACCACUUUGAGCCUCUCUACCUGGUGAUUGAUGACAUGCCGAGGCCUCCGGAGUCUCUGCUCACACUCAGAGAAGGUCUUAAAGGCAGUGAGGAGGCUGACAGUCCUGCAGAGAUGAAGGAGGAGGAUGAGGAGCAGGCUAAAGAGGAUUCUUCUCCUGCAGAGGUUACAGAUCCAGAUCAAGAGUUCAACCUGUCUGAGGUUAUUGACCUCACUGCUAACACCAUUCCUAAUGACUCGGGUAUGUCGGAGGGUCUGGUGCUGACCAGCGACUCAGAAAGCGAGAUCUUCUGUGACUCUGUGGAUUCAGUCGAGCAACUUGGGGACGUCAAGGCUCCACUCAUCAAGUCAAACGGUUUCCAUAACGGCCACAUGUCUUCAGAGUCGUCUCUGGUCCAGAGUGAUCAGCUUGAGGGUCGUCUGGAGGUCAGGCAGGUUGGAGCGGGUCAGGGGGGAGAGGGGGCCAAUAAUGGGAAGGGUCUGGGUCAGAACAGGAGGAGUCGAGACAGCGGACGGGAUGCUUCUUACCACAACUGGAGAGAACGUGGUGUUCCUCAGGGCAGUCCCAGACGAGGGGCUCCAGGCGGCGGUGGAGGUGGAGCAGGACGAGGAGGCGGUGACGGCUCAGAAGCAGCAGCAGAGAGGCUGCAUGACGUCCAGCUGCAGCAGCAGAUCAUCCUGGCUCUACGGAGGCUCAGAGAGGACAUGAGGAGCGUGAUGGAGCGGCUGGAGGUGGUGGAGAGACUUGCUGCCACACAUACGCAGAGUUCAGAGUGGAGACCGUGUCUGCAGUGUGCAGCUGCAGCUUCACAAGAACAGGAGGAGAAAUGGUGGCCGUUUGACGUGUCGGGUUCGACCGUCCUCCUCUUCCUGUUAUGGCCGUUUGUGGCUCAGGGUCUGGUCCACCUGCUGAGGAGAGCCCAGAGGAGGAGCCGCAUCACCUCAUGAAGAGAGCUCACAAAGACUUUCACCCAUUCACCCACAGAGAUGAGUUUAAUUUCUACAGAAGGAGGAUUGAAUCAAAAUAAGAUGAAUGGGAAGCCGUCAUCCUCCCUUACCGUGUGCACUGGAAGGAGGGAGAGAAGACACAAACCCGAUCCACGUCUGGAUUCAGAUCCCUACACCCACUACAGAGAGAGGGUCUUUAUUUAAAUCAUUCAGGUGGAUUAAUCAGCUGGUGUCAGACGGCAGCAGGAGAUUGUCUUAUUAAACCUGGACUGUGUUUACACUGAUCAUCAGAGCCUCAAUACUCGGAUUAAUAAUAGUCUUUAUUGAAGAAUGAGACCCAGUGAGCCUGAUUUACUAAAUAGAUUUACAGCCUUUCAUAGCUCCAAAAUGUAGCAUCAUUCACUCCCUCUAUCUGCUCCACUGUGAGCUCUUAGUUAGAAAGCAUGCAGCUUUGAUGAUUUUGAUUUGUGCCUGAAAGAGGAGAGAAGUUCUCUUCACCUUUACCCUGCACAGAGCUGAGCUUUCACACUGACGGAGCUCAGCUCCAUCCACGUAAAGCUGAUGACUGAAGAUGGGAGGGGAAGCUUUUUAUAAUUAAAGUAGAACUUUCUGGAGCCCAGCCAAACCGGGGCAACCAAACUAAACCAUUUUAAAAAAAGAAUGUCAGACCUCAUAGAUUAGCCAUAAUGUGCACAAACGUCAGAAAAUAAAGAAGAAACUGAGACAACUUUGAGGAAGAAAAAGGAUAAUUGUAAAACCUGCAAAAAUGGGUUAAACUUGGCAAAAAUGGGGAGAAAAGGGGGUUAAAAAGAGGUGAAAAUGUGUGGAUGUUGGUAAAAAUGGGGGAAACUUUGCUAAAAGGUCAAAAGAGAGCAAGAAGGACAAAAAGAUGGGAAGGAUAAAGGGGUUAAAAAAGUGGCAGGAAAAGAGAAAAAGAUGCAAAAAAGGGUUAGAUAGGCACAAAAAUGGAUUGAAUUAGUUUAAAGUGGAAAAAAUGGGCAGAAAAAGUGUUGGAAAGGGAUUAAAAGUGGCCAAAAUUGAAUAAAGGAGUUAAAAAGUGAUGACAUUUGGAUAUAAAGUGGCAAAAAUGGGGUUAAAAGAGGCAACAAGGAUGAAAAGAUGCAAACAUGGACAGGGAAAAGGGGUUAAAAAGUGGCAAAUAUGGGCAGAAAGUGGCAAAAUGGGUUGAAAAAAGUUUUUUUUUUAAUUAAAUUGGUUUGAAGUGGUAAAGAAAUGGUUUAACUGGUUUUAAGUGGCAAAAAAUAGGUAUGUAGUGGCAAAAUAGCCAAUAAAGUGGUGAAAAUGGGCCAUAAAGGGGAAAAAAUGGGGUUUAGAAGUGGAAAAAAAAGGUUUAAAUGAGCAAGAAGGACAAAAAGAUGCAAAAAUAUGAAAAAGGGGUUAAGAAGUAGCAAAAAGAAAGAGAAAAAAUUGCACAAAAAAGGAUAAGUUAGGCAAAUAAUGGAUGGAAUUGGUUUAAAGAUGCAAAAAUGGGCAGAAAAAGCAACAAGGACAGAGAAAUGCAAACAUGGCCACAGAAAAUGGGUGUAAAUGGGUUUAAAAGUGGAAAAUAAGGGCAGAAAAAAUGACAAAAUGGGUUAAUAUAGGCAAGGAAAUGAUUAAAUUGGUUUUAAGUGGUAAAAAAUUGUUUUAUAGAGCCAAAAGUAGGCUGAAAAGGGGUUAAAAGUGAUGAAAACUGGCCAUAAUGGGGCAAAAGUGGGGUCAGAAGUAGCAAAAAUGGUGAAAAGGAGCAAGAAGGACAGAAAGUUGCAAAGUUGAGGAUAUAGGGAUAUGAAGGGGUUAAAAAGUGGCAAGAAAAAGGUUAAAAUAGGCAAAUAUGGGCAGGAAAGUAGUGACAAGGGCUCCUAAGAGGCAAAAGGGCAAUAAAGAGGUAAAAACAUGACUGAAAAGUGGCAAAAUGGACCAGAAAAAGUAGUGAAAAGGGUUAAAAUUAGCACAAAUAAAUAAUUUUAACAUUAAAAUCAAGUUUUUCAGCUCCAAAAUGAGGUUUCUGUUUCAGAACAUGUCAGCACCAUGGCUAUGGAUCCAAUGGAUAAUAUCAUCACUAAAUCACAACUGGGGUGGGCCAGUUUACUGCUGGUGUUAAAGUUAGUCCCUAAACACCUCCAGAGAGCUGAACCCAGAGCCGCCCAUGUUAGCGCUCACCGCCCACCAUGCCACCUUACCUACAACAAACAGCAUCGUCGCCUUCAGCAGACCCAGGCUUGUUUUAAUCACGCUCCAGAUAGUACAAAUGCUAAUGCUUAAAAAAAUCUCCCUUUACUCGUUGAGGAAUUUGACAACCCUGUGUAACUGCUUUACUGUCGGUGUGGGUUUUUGUGAAUCCGGCACUUAUAAAUAUGUGGAUAAGUUGAAUAGAAAGGAUCAUUUUUCCCCAGAUGGCUGGAUAAUGACUUAUUUAAACACAUAAACAGCACCUAUGCACACAGAGACUGUUUGCUCCUCAGCACAGUCAGGGGAGCGUUUAAUCAGAGAGUCUUUGUGACUAAUUUGCACAUGUUUAGUGGGAGCAAAAGCUGCACAAUCCUUUAGUGAAUCAGGCUCAGAGUCUUUUCAGCAUAUUUCAUGUAGCCUGGGCUUUAACUACCUUUAUCUCAGAGUCUUUAUAACGUUCAGAACAUUGGCAGUCAAUCUGCUCUUCUAUAAGCGAAUCAGUCUACAGAUGUGAUUUUAAUGAGUCAUGUUCAUUGAGAAACGUCACUUUUUACUGCACUUUUUGUUUCAUCACAGUCUCUUUCAGAUGAUUGUUGACCUCAGAUUGUUCGUCAGUGUCUCCUUUAGCUUUUAAUUCCCGGGGAAUUAGAGUAUUUUUAAAGUUUAAGAAGAGAAACUGGUCUGGUUCAUGUUUGCAAGACCAGAGUUGGAGUUAUUUAGACAAAAAAAUCUGAUAAAGAUUUGAAAAUACUAGAAUUCCCCUCUGAAGUCUGAAGCUAAAGCUCCUUGUUGAGUUCACUGACACCUCUUUUCUUUCUGACUCUGCUAAUUGUUCAUCAACAUUAAUUUAUGUCUUAUUACAGUGAGACUGGUUGUGGAGCUGAUUCUGUCGAUCCAUCUUCAUCUGGUUGUUUAGUUUCAUUUCUUAACUGUUUGAAUCAGACAGAGUGACACUGGCAUGACGAGGGUUUUUGACACUGUCAUCAAUAAAUGAUGGAAGAACCGCUGAUAAAGGAUGCUUUUUCAUGUUUUGUGAUAAAAUCAGAUUGUCACAGGAUAAAACCUGCAGCUAAAGUCAGCGGAGGUUGGCUCAUAAAAAUAUAAAUGCUCAUUAUUGGUGCAAUAUAAUUUUUCAUCUCCUUGGUUGUUUUACCCUUUAAUUGUUUUUUUAAGUCAAUCAUGGUCAAUAUAAUUAAGGCUUUUUGACAAAAUAUCACUAAAAGUAUCCUCUUUAAUGUCAAAUUGAAAACAGAUUUCAUCAAAGUAAUGUCAAGUAAAUAAAAAUAUCAAAUGUAAAAUAAGUGACUAUAAAUAUUCACUCCCUUCAAGUCAGUGUUCAGUCAAGGCACCUUUGGGUGCAAUCACAGCUUAGAGUCUGUGUGGAUAGGUCUCAGUCAGGUUUGCAAAUCUGGACACUUCAAUUUUACUCUAUUCUUCUUUGCAAAACUGCUCAAGCUUUCUAUAAUUGCACAGGUAUCAGGCGUGAACAGUCCUUUUCAAGUGGAUUGAGGUCUGGGCUUUGACUUGACCACUCCACAACAUUCACCUUGUUGUUUUUGCCUGUGUAGCUUUCACUGUAUGUUUCAGGUCAUUAUCAUGCUGGAAAAUAA